AUGGAUGGUGAGGAGGUUGACUUCGGGGGUCUUGCUCCGAUACCUGAGGACCUUCCUCUCCCUUUUGGUGAAGCAGCAGAAGGACAUGGUGCCCCUGGUGACAGUGGUGAAGGACCCCCUGUGGACAGAGACGCGGCAGUGGAUUGGCUAGACCUCGUCCGUGAUCACCGUGUACUUCGCGGAGGUGUCCCUCCUGCUGGUCUCCCUGGACGCGACCCCGCCUCCUUGCUGACCAGAAAUGAUGACACUGCUUCCUCGAGCGCUUCGUCCUCCUCGAACAUGGAGACAAAUGUUGGGGUGACCUCGCGUUUUGGUCGUACACGCAGUGGACUGGAUCGGUGGCAUCACCCUGACGGCUCUGUGAGAAACCGUGCACGAGAGCGACGAGAAGCUGCUCCAGAAUCGCAUGAUCCUCAACUCGAUCAUGCUGAACCUUUCACGGUGGUCGGGGUGGGUGAAGUUGAUGGCCUUCCUGUGGUUAAGGCUACGAGUUUCUAUGGUGACUCCUUCCAGGUGUGGGCCAGUCCUGGAAGCAUCCAACCAGAGGCUUCUACUACUGCUGGUAGUUCUACUUCUGGUGGGGACGAUGAAAGCUCAGGCCCUGACUCUUCGGCGACGGAUGCUUCAGUAGGAUUUUGGCGACAUGGUGUUUGGCACUCUCGUGCACGGACAGUCACUGAGCAGAGGCAGCACCGAGGAGGUAUGGGACCGCAGCGUGCAGCUCGGAAACACCAGAGGAUGGUCUCGUAUAUGGAGGGCUCUUGGAAACCUGCCUGGCUGGUUCGAUACGCUAGAGAAAAGGAAGCCCGAGCUCUUCAACAAGCUGGACUGGGUGCUGGGACAGAGGUGCAGAAAGAGGAGCCCGUUGUCGACCCCAAGAUCAUGGCAGCCUUCACAGGCAAGGCCUUGGAGACUGAAGACCAGACUGCCAAGUCACAGGAAACCUCUUCUUGGGGGGAGCCUACACAUGGGUCCGAAGAUGGAAACUGGGAACUGGACUGGGAUCCCUGGUCUGGGCAAUCCUGGCAUCACGACUGGUGGAACCAAAAUGGGGUGUCGUCAACAUGGUCUACAGCACCCUCUUCUUGGUCUCCUGCGUGGUCUUCUUCUACAUGGGGGACAUGGCAAUCUUGGGAAGACUGGUCUUGUACUACGCCGUCUUGCUCCACCACGUCCUCGUCGACCACUUCCUCUUCCACCAGCCCAGUGCUUCCACACUUUGGUCUUGAGCCUGUGGUUGAACCGGCACUACCUGAUGUCAUCUCCCUGAUGCAGAUGACUGGGUCUGAACGUGCGACUUUGCAAGAAGCAGGGAUUCCUCGCGCUGAUGUGGAUCGUCUGGAGCAGUUUCUGCAGGCCCUUGACACUCACAACGACCAAGAUCUAGGUCCGGAAGCUCGUUGGGCCCUGGGGCACCUGUUGGAACGGGUGGAGGAUGGCAUGGCUACGAUCGAGUCCAUCUACGGUGUGCUUGUACGUCGACUUCUUCCUCGUGGCUAUUUACCGAUCCAAAGAGUUCCAGCUGAAGAAAUGCAACGAUGGCAGCUCUUCAAUUGGGUCAGGAAUCUCGCAGGAACCUUUGUGGGGUGCUUCGACAGGAACCUUCAGGUCCGUCUCCAACCAGGCGAAGGACCACAAGGUAACACAGUACCUGACACCUUGGACCCGGUUACGACCCCUGGGUCGACUGUGCGACAGGAACCGAGUGCUGGUACUGAUCUGGUGGCGCCUUCUUCGUCCUCGUCAGGUGGAAGUGACCGUACAAGGAGCCGCAGCCGGAGCCGAGGAGUCGUGUCAACGAGUAGCCGCCGCUCUGCCGCAUCCUCCCACGAGGCACCGUCAUUGAACAGCGAAGUGGCACUAAAUGAACAUGGACAACUGGUUUGUGUUCUACCUGCGAGACCGGAUGAACCUCCCAACGGACCUCCGCCGCCCAUCCCGGUGAACUUGCCUCGCCAUCUUCGUCCAGGACAGCCGGUGCCGGUCCCUGUCCACGGCUCUGUGGAGGAGGCUCUCAAUGGAGCCCUACUGGGCAUCUGGACUGAAUCGACAGCCAGCUCCACUACCUUAUCUUCGACUACCUUCAACCUGGAGGAGGACAUGGUGGGUGACAUGGGUGCUCUUGUGCAGUUGUGGUCUUCUUCUGCUGGUGUGGGAUGGACCUCGACUUCUACCUCAACUCUGGUGUCGUGUAUGCCCCUGCUGCCUGACUCCUCUCUGUCCCCUGGGUCCUGCUGGGAUGACUUUGCACUGGCUGGUGGUUGGUGUUCUACGUCAACUUCGACCUCUACGACGACUCUGUCUCCGGAGGAUGUUGUUCGUGAUGCUGUUAAUCGCGAACUUGUCUAUGGCAGCGUGGCGGACAUUGUCGAUGUCCUCCAUAGGCUUCAGGCGAGACAGCGACGUCUUAACCACUUGGGACGCCUCAUUGGAGUGGCCAUUGAGGAGGCACUCACGUGGAUGCCAGUGCCCGCGAACUCCAUGGUGUUCAAUUCUCCGACGAUGGAAAUGCACAUCUGGGGUGUUGUGAACCAGGAGGCGAACUUCGGCAUGGGUGCAUCAUCAUCUGGUACCACCCAAGUCAGCACCACAGCCGCAGCUUUGCUCCAACCAGGCCUCCCUGAAGAUCUCCGGAGCCUCUGGAACAGCCUGCCUCACAUGGAACCACGCACCAUAGUGGGACUACGGCGCCGUGCUUGGAGGCACAAUGCGAGAGCACUUCAUGUGCAAGAUGGUCACGCAAUUCCAGAAGGUUGGUGGCCCUCGGAGGAUGACCAAGUUCUCUAUCUCAUCCAGACAGAUGAAAAUAUGGGAUGCUACCACCUGGACCACCAGAUCGCCGUCUUCCACGUCAUCGGCGACGACUACGCGCUCCACGACCACCUCCUGUCCUCUUCCCUCAAGGUCUACCUGACGAUGCUGCUUCUCGCGGACCUCAUGCAGCUCUUGAUGAUCGACGUCUUCGUGAUCGUGACCGCAGUCGUAGCCGUGAUGCUGAUGGGUCUCGAGGUGGUGGACUAG